AAAAAACAUUGCUGUUGAAUAGAUCGGACACAAUGACUCUGUAGGACAGAGUAUAACUGGACUGUCGAGUUUCUGACGCUAAUCUUUCUGGAAGCAGAUUGCUACAUCUUUUUCUUCUGCAGAUCUACCUGACCCUUCCGUUAACAACCAGAACACAAGCUACUAAGUACUGGUCCUACAGAACCAUGGUCCAUUCGAGAGAAGCUGUGUUUGGCAUCUUCGGUUAUGAGGAGUGGAGAUCAAAAUUGGGUAUCAGUUAGCAGAGCAAUCAAGCCAUUUGCAGAACCUGGCCGCCCUCCAGACUGGUUCUCUCAAAAACAUUGUGCCUCUCAAUAUUCAGAACUUCUAGAGACAACAGAGACCCCAAAACGGAAACGAGGUGAAAAGGGGGAAGUGGUGGAAACUGUCGAAGAUGUCAUUGUUCGGAAACUGACUGCUGAACGAGUGGAGGAAUUAAAGAAAGUCAUAAAAGAAACCCAAGAAAAAUAUAGAAGACUGAAAAGAGAUGCAGAAUUAAUUCAAGCUGGACACAUGGACAGCAGACUGGAUGAGCUUUGCAAUGACAUUGCAAUGAAAAAGAAAUUGGAGGAAGAGGAAGCUGAAGUGAAGAGGAAGGCCACGGAUGCUGCAUAUCAGGCUCGUCAAGCCAUAAAAACACCCCCUCGGAGGUUACCAACCUUGAUGGUCCGAUCUCCUAUAGGUUCUGCCUCCCCCGGAGGUGAUUAUCCACUUGGGGACUUAACUUCAGCCACUAUGGAAGAGGCCACUUCCGGGGUAACCCCUGGGACUUUGCCGAGUACCCCAGUCACCUCGUUUCCUGGGAUUCCUGACACCCUUCCUCCAGGCUCUGCACCCUUAGAAGCCCCCAUGACCCCAAUAACAGAUGAUUCACCCCAGAAAAAGAUGCUUGGACAGAAAGCAACUCCACCCCCCUCCCCUCUGCUGUCAGAGCUCUUGAAGAAGGGCAGCCUCCUGCCUACUAGCCCCAGACUGGUCAGUGAAAAUGAAAUGGCUGUGACUUCUGGCCACCUGAACAGUACAGGUGUCCUCCUGGAGGUAGGCGGGGUGCUUCCUGUGAUACAUGGUGGGGAGAUGCAGCCAACACCCAACACUGUUGCAGCCUCCCCUGCCGCCUCAGGUGCUCCCACUCUUUCCCGGCUUUUAGAAGCUGGUCCUACACAGUUCACCACACCUCUUGCUUCCUUCACUACUGUUGCCAGUGAGCCUCCAGUUAAACUUGUGCCACCCCCUGUAGAGUCUGUGUCCCAGGCUACCAUUGUCAUGAUGCCUGCGCUGCCAGCACCAUCCUCUGCUCCGGCUGUCUCCACUCCGGAGAGUGUAGCUCCAGUGAGUCAGCCUGACACUUGUGUUCCUAUGGAGACUGUGGGAGAUCCACAUACUGUGACUGUUUCCAUGGAUAGCAAUGAAAUCUCCAUGAUCAUCAAUUCUAUCAAAGAAGAAUGUUUCCGUUCAGGGGUAGCAGAGGCCCCUGGAGGAUCAAAGGCUCCCAGCAUUGAUGGGAAGGAAGAUUUAGAUUUAGCUGAGAAGAUGGAUAUUGCUGUAUCUUACACAGGUGAAGAGCUGGACUUUGAGACUGUUGGAGAUAUCAUUGCCAUCAUUGAGGACAAGGUAGAUGAUCAUCCUGAAGUGUUGGAUGUAGCAGCAGUGGAAGCAGCACUGUCAUUCUGUGAAGAGAAUGAUGAUCCUCAAUCCUUGCCUGGCCCCUGGGAGCAUCCUAUCCAACAGGAACGGGACAAGCCAGUACCACUCCCUGUACCCGAGAUGACAGUCAAGCAAGAGAGGCUGGACUUUGAGGAUACAGAAAACAAGGGAAUCCAUGAAUUGGUGAACAUCAGAGAAUCCAGCGUUGAGAUCAAGGUGGAGCCUACGGAACCAGAGCAAGGCAUUUCAGGGGCUGAAAUAGUAGCUGGGGUUGUCCCUGCCAUAAGUAUGGAGCCACCAGAACUUAGGAGUCAAGACAUAGACGAAGACCCCAGAAGUACUGCAACUGGAGAGAUGACCGAAGCAGAUGUUUCUAGUGGGAAAGGCGAUGAGACUCCACUUACAACUGUGAAGACAGAGGCAUCUCCUGAGAGCAUAUUGUCUCCAUCACAUGGCUCAAAUCCCAUUGAAGAUCCAUUAGAAGCAGAGACCCAGCACAAGUUUGAAAUGUCAGACUCAUUGAAAGAAGAAUCAGAGACUAUCUUUGGAAGCCAGAUAAAGGAUGCCACAGGUGACGAGGAGGAGGAAGAUGGAGUCAGUGAAGCAGCCAGCCUAGAGGAGCCCAAGGAAGAAGAUCAAGGGGAAGGCUAUUUGUCAGAAAUGGAUAAUGAGCCUCCUGUGAGUGAGAGUGAUGAUGGCUUUAGUAUCCACAAUGCUACACUGCAGUCCCACACACUGGCAGACUCCAUCCCCAGCAGCCCUGCGUCUUCACAGUUCUCUGUCUGUAGUGAGGAUCAGGAAGCAAUUCAGGCACAGAAAAUAUGGAAGAAAGCUAUCAUGCUUGUAUGGAGAGCUGCAGCUAAUCAUAGGUAUGCCAAUGUAUUCCUGCAACCUGUAACAGAUGACAUAGCACCCGGCUACCAUAGCAUUGUACAGAGGCCUAUGGAUUUGUCAACUAUUAAGAAAAACAUUGAAAAUGGACUAAUUCGCAGCACAGCUGAAUUUCAGCGUGACAUCAUGCUGAUGUUUCAGAAUGCUGUGAUGUACAAUAGCUCAGACCAUGAUGUCUAUCACAUGGCAGUAGAGAUGCAGCGAGAUGUCUUGGAGCAGAUCCAGCAAUUCCUGGCUACGCAGUUGAUUAUGCAAACAUCCGAAUCUGGGAUCAGUGCUAAAAGUCUUCGAGGGAGAGAUUCUACUCGUAAACAGGAUUCUUCAGAGAAGGACAGUGUCCCCAUGGGCUCUCCUGCCUUCCUUCUCUCUCUCUUUGAUGGGGGAACCAGGGGGCGACGCUGUGCCAUUGAAGCAGAUAUGAAGAUGAAGAAGUGACGAAUGACUUCUUCAGAGGCUUCAGAAGACGACCUUUGUGCCGAACCUGAAUGGAAGUGAACAAGAUAGAGCUUGGGCUCUUAGGCCCAGAUUCAGACAAGUGGGAGUUACAGAAGAAUUGGCACCUGGGCCACGUGAUAUGAGCUGGAAACUCUGUCAGAGAGUAGAAGUAGCCCAAUUGCCUGUUUUAGGGCAACAGUUAAGGCCUGUAAUUAAUGUCCUAAUGUGUAUCUAGCAGAUUGUGGCUAGUUUAUACUGUCUUGUGAAGUGUACAGACUUUUUAAAAACUUGUGAAGUGUUCGUGCAUACAAUAAAUUCUGGAAGAAAAGAAAAUUUUA